GUGCCGCCUUAUGGACGUACCGAGGCAGAACUCAACUGGUCCGACGUUCAACCGUUCCUGCAGAGUCGUGGAUACAUGUUACGACCUCGAUAUCAUCCGGGUUGGGUAGGAUCAUGGGUCGGAACGAAGAAGAAACCGGAGACGUGCGAGGAC